AUGGCAUCCAGAAUCUGGAAAGCCAUCACUCGUAAGAAAAAGUUCGAAGGUGAUUCUCACCUCGACACAAACCUCCGUCGAUGCCUUGGCCUAAUGGAUAUCACUUUCUUGGCACUCGGCCAAAUGAUGGGAGCAGGAAUCUACGUACUUACUGGUACUGUUGUCAGAAAUCAAGCUGGACCAUCCAUCGUUUUCUCGUUCAUCUUGGCUGGUAUUGCAGCGUUGUUAUCUGCGUUCAGUUAUGCGGAGUUUGGAGCUAGAUUUCCAAGAGCUGGUAGUGCCUACACAUACACCUAUAUCGGCUUUGGAGAAAUAUGGGCAUUUAUUGUUGGCUGGACUAUUCCGUUGGAGUACAUGAUUGGAAAUGCUGCCGUUGCGCGUUCCUGGUCCGCCUACUUUGACAAUCUCCUGGACAACUAUGUCAAGAACACAACAAUCGGAAUUGUGGGGGAAUUGAGUCAGCCCGGAGGAUUCUUCUCCACAUACCCAGAUGUCUUGUCCUUUGUAUUGAUUUGUCUCUGUGCGUGUGUCAUUGCAAUCGGAUCGAGAGUGUCAGCAAAUGUCAACACAAGUUUUGUGAUCUUGAACAUUUUGGUUAUCAUUAUCGUCAUUAUCUCCGGAAUGUGUUAUGCUGACUUCAACAAUUGGACUGGAACAACAUCUGAUGGGCGCUCAAAUUUCUUUCCAUACGGAGUAACUGGAACUCUCACUGGAGCUGCCACGUGUUUCUUCUCAUAUAUUGGUUUUGAAGUGUUAGCUACAGCUGGAGAGGAGGUAAAAUCGCCACACCGUACAAUUCCUGUUGCCACUUUUCUGAGUAUCGGAGUCAUCAUGACUUUGUAUAUUUUGGUGUCAUCUACACUGACAUUGAUGGUUCCCUAUGAUCAGGUCCAUACCACUGCUCCAUUCGCAGAAGCAUUCGAUGCUCGUGGGUGUACUGUAGUCAAGUAUAUAAUUUCAAUCGGAGCACUGGUCGGGUUGACUAACAACUUGGUCACUGGGGUGUUUGCUUUGCCAAGAAGUGUUUAUGCUAUGGCAGAUGAUGGUCUCCUAUUUGGAUGGUUGGCACACGUCAAUUCUUAUACAAAAGUUCCAUUGAAUGCAAUUGUUAUCUUCACAUUGAUCAAUGCAGUUAUUGCAUUGAUUUUUGAUAUUGAGGCGUUGGUCGAAUUCCUCUCCAUCGGAACGCUCUUUGCCUACUCCUUUGUCUCUGCAUCAGUUCUUGUCCUCCGCUACCAAUCAGCUCCAAUCGACGGAGAUGAGAAACGAAUGGACGGUGGAGGAGAGCUAAGCUCAUGGAUCCCAGCUAGAAACUUCUGGGAAUCUCUUCCAUCCGGAACAUCUAUUUCUCUGGCUGUUGGAGCUUUGAUCGCAUCUUUCUUCUGGUUGUCUUUCACCUUCAGAACCGGGUUUUAUGAGAGCUGGUAUGGUCAAAUGUCGAUUGGCUUCAAUGGAUUGUGUAUUGUUUUGAUUAUGGCUUUUAUAUUGGGUCAUACUCAGAAUUCGUUGAAGACUAAUUUUAAGGUUCCAUGUGUCCCAUUUCUUCCAUGUCUCUCCCUUCUUGUCAACGUCUUCAUGAUGUCUUAUCUGACAACUGCCACGUGGAUUCGGCUAUUCGUUUGGAUGGGAGUUGGUCUUUUGAUCUACUUCGCCUAUGGAAUUCGUCAUUCGAAAGAGGCUAAACGAUUGACAACGAUAGCAGAUAUCCGAAUGAGUUCCACGUUUCCCAAUAAAAAUAAUCGUAUUCCGAAAACUUGA